ACACUGAAGUCUCCCUCGCAUUCAGGCAGUAGCGGCCCACACAAAUUCUCGUCGGCUCAGAGCCGCGCGUUGCUUCUACUCGCGCUUCUCCAGUCGGGUCAUCGUCCCACGGUGGCCCCCAGAAACAGCCUUUGUUCUCACUGUCUUCUUCCACGCCCCAUCAAAUCUGUAGGGCUCAUUCUACAAAAGGAGAAAAUCAAGGUGCAGAUCUGCCUACGCAGCUUCUUCCCCCACCACAAGACAUUCGUGCUGGAGCGGCCAGCAGCCAACAGGGACCUGGCGCAGCUGGAGCUGCUGCAGGAGGAUCAGCUACGGCCACGCUUCAGACAACAGGAGGAGGCCUUCUGCCGGCACAUCUGGAAAGAGGCGCCAGUGAAGGUGCUGCUGAACAGCAGCCCGGUGACAGGCAGAACGCUGGCGCGCCUGGUGGAGGCUUACAUGGCAGCCAUCAGCACCGGCUCCGUGCUCUGCGUGGAGAGCGUGCACACGGCAGUGACAGAAGCUGAGAACAAGGCGGCGGUGGAGGCGGCGGUGGCCAAAUACCAGCGGGGCAUGGAGCAGGACCUGGUGCUGCCCACGGCUUCACUCGACGCGCUGAUGGCCGUGCACCAGGACUGGAAGAAACGCGCCAUCGCCUUCUUCCUGUCCCAAGCCCUUGACGGCACCGAGCAGCAUGACCAGGCACUGCUGAUGGACAAACUGGAGGCGGCCAAGGAGGAGUUCUGCCGGCGCAACGAGGAAGCGUCGCAGCAGCGAUGCCAGGCGGUGCUGAGGGAGCUGUGGGGGGACAUGGAGCUCCGCGUGCAGCGUGGGGACUACGUGGCACCGGGGGGGAUACGGCUGUUCCAGAAGGACCUGAAGUGUAUGCAGGAGGAGUACAAGAGGAGGCCCGACAAGGGCGUCAAGGAGGAGGAGGUGCUGGAGAAGUUCCUGCGGGUGAAGGGACUGGAGAUGAUCGAGAUGUGGCUGGAAGGGGUGGACCGGCAGUGUAAGGAGGUGCUGGCUGAGGCGAGAGCUGCGACGCAGGCUGUGGAGAAGCAGGUGGAGGAGCACAAGCAGAAGAUGAUGCAGUUGACCAAGAUGUGGGUCGUCAAGGAGAUGCUGGAGCUGCGGGUCCACAGUUUGGAGGAGCAGCAGAAAGAAACGUUGGCUGAGGUGUCUGCAGCCAAGAAGGUGGUGGAGAAGCAGCUGGAGGAGCAGCAGCAGCAGCAGAAAGUGAUGUUGGCUGAGGUGGCUGCAGCCAAGAAGGUGGUGGAGAAGCAGCUGGAGGAGCAGCAGCAGCAGCAGAAAGUGAUGUUGGCUGAGGUGGCUGCAGCCAAGAAGGUGGUGGAGAAGCAGCUGGAGGAGCAGCAGCAGCAGCAGAAAGUGAUGUUGGCUGAGGUGGCUGCAGCCAAGAAGGUGGUGGAGAAGCAGCUGGAGGAGCAGCAGCAGCAGCAGCAGGUGAUGUUGGCUGAGGUGACAGCAGUCAUGAAGGCUGUGGAGAAGCAGCUGGAAGAGCGCUGGCAGCAGUGGGCACAGCAGCUGCAGGAGGAGCAGAGCCUCGUGCUGUCUCAACGCCUGGAGGAGCUGGAGGUUCGGCUGCAGGAGGGUGGAGCUGAGGUGGCGGCACUGCAGCAGGUGGAGCUGAUGCAGGAGGAGGAGCAGGCAGUGCCUUCCUGGCGCUCCACGCUCUUGAAAUUCCUGGACAAAGUGGUCGUGCCCAUCCUGAUCAGAGUGGUCAACAGCGUGGUGAACAACGCCGCCUAAAUGGACUCCUGUAAGCCGUGGAGCGGCCCCCCACCCGCUGCUGCCACAGUAAAUCCAGUGGUGCUGCACAGAAGUCGUCAUUUUGGGGCAGCACAGGGCGCUCUGGGGCAGCACAGAUAGCAGGGGGUUGGGGAGGGGGGGGAUUGGACAUGGUGAUGAUUGUGGAAUGGUGACAACAGUGACAUGGUGACAAUUGUUGUGUGAUAACAGCAGUGACACAAAGGCUCCGCCCCCCCCCCCCCCCGGAUCAGUAAGGGGUGAGGGGUGGGGGUACCUCAGGCCACGCUCCUAUGGGAUGGUUGGAGAGGAUCCAUCCCCCAUGGGAUAACAUGGGGAAAACGUGGGGGUGCAGGGGGACG